AUGGCAGAAGGGGAAACGAGUCUGGAGACGAGGAUCUUCUCGAUUCAGGAGCACCGCGCGAUGGAACACGGCCGCAUGGAGCGCGCCUUCGAGCAGUUCCACAGCCAAAUCGAAAAGUACCGCGUCGAGCUCGACAAAAUAUCAAAGAGCAUGAAAUCACUCGCCGAGGAAACAGCAACGCUUCGCAAGGAACUCACGGCUGCUGGAAAAGACGAGCUCGCUUCUAUCGUUUUCGACCUUCAAAAACAAGAAGAAGAACUUUUACUCAUCAGCGCCGCGUACCAAGUUUCUCGAAGCGAGAAGAAUGAGGACGAGGACGAAUUAAAAGACACCCGAAGACGUAUCCGAAACAGGAUAGCUGAGAAUCGUCUCAUCGAGCUUUAG